UUGGCUCUCCCGCUACGCUAUACGCUAGAGCGACGACGCUACGGCGCAUGCGCGCUGCUAGCGGAAAAUUAGCGGAGCUGCGGAGGCUAGCGGAGGCGCGCUGUUCUGCAAAAAUAGCGGGGGAGGUAGCGGGAUGUGCUAGCGCGGGUCUCGCGAGAACGAGUCGUUGCGAGAUUAGGGAAGGCCGGGGAGAGCCAGCGUUCUCGAUCACUUCCAAGAUGUCCGCGAUGUCUGCCGCGUUGAAUGUGCCCGCUGUGCGGUCGCGCUUCGUCGUGGCAGACGACAUUCUGCUGCUACAAGAGGUAGCAGCGACAAACCCAUUCGAGGACCACGACAGGUGGCGAGCAGUCACAGAGAUGGUCAACAAAGCAACCGGGAAAAACUUCACAGCUCGUGCCAUACGCGAACGCUGCGACCUGCUACUCGGCCACUUUCGUCGAGAGGACAGGGCGAACUUAAGAAAGUCUGGCACAGAGGAGCAAUACUCCGAAAAGGAGCACCUGCUCCAAGAAAUAAAUGAUAUGGCGAGGGAGUUCGGCCACCAAGUCAGGGUCCAGCCCAGAAAAGUGGGCAUGACGCCGGGCAACGCCAUAGGGCCAGGCAGCAGGACCAACAAAGCUUCGGCCAGGGCAGAGCUACACGCCGCCAAUGCCAUCAGGGAGACAGCUGUGACGGCAAUCAAUGCAGCAGCCGCUGCUGCGAAGAACGUAGCCAACGCAGAGGAGGUAGUGGACGAAGAUUCGGACAACAUUAUGGGUGAGGAGUCUCCAGCGUCUCUUCUACUCAUGCAGAUGUGUGAGAAUGGCGCCAGAAGCACGCCUGCAGUUGCCACGCCUGCCACCGGAGGCCCUUCGCAGUCGACGUCCACCGAUGGGGCCAAUGGGUCCGAUCGGACGAGGUCACCACCACCACCUAGGGCAAGAACUGCGGCACUGCGAGGAAAGAAGAAAACUCGCGAUGGGGACGUGGCCGCCUUCUUGCAGCAGCGCAGUCAUCAGGAGCGAGCCAUUCGAGAGAGGGAGCUCGAUAUAGAAGAGCGGAGACUCGCUCUAGAUGAAAAACGGCUGGAGUUUGAGCGUGAACGAUUUGCCGAGGAAGCCCAGGCGAGAGCCGAGGAAAGGCGCGAGCUCUCCGAACAGCGACGGAUCAUGUUCGAGUUCCUGCUCGGUCAGGCCAAAAGGAAUUGAAGAUUUGUGGCUCUACUUCCAAUAAAUGGAGAUGACAAAUUUUAUUGAAUAUGAUCUGCAAAACAUUCCAGUAAUAAAGGACGCCAUUUGCAGUGGCAAAUCUUGUUUUAACCAUGAACACAUCAGAAGAAGAAAAAAAGUAGAUUGAUAUAGUCUGCAAGUUUUUGAUUUUGCUGAA